UGAAAAUACAUUUGUGCAAUGGGCGCAAGUGACGAAGACCAAAAAGUCGCUGUAAUGCGAAAAGCUUUCCAAAUGUUCGACACAACAAAAUCAGGAUUUAUCGAAGCCAUUAAAAUAGCGACAAUUUUAAAUACGAUUGGUCAGUUGUUUGAUGAAGCUGAAUUGAACAGUUUAAUAGCGCAAAAUGAUCCUGAUAAAACUGGAAAAGUUGAUUUUGAUGGUUUCUGUGAUAUUGCUUCGCAUUUUUUGGAGGAGGAUGAUGAUGACCCUACACAGGAAUUAAAGGAAGCUUUCAGAUUGUAUGAUAGAGAAGGUAAUGGGUAUAUAACAACAGGAACUUUGAAGGAAAUUUUAGCUGCUUUAGACGACAAUUUAACCAGCAGUGAUCUAGAUGGUAUAAUAUCAGAAAUUGAUACAGAUGGCUCUGGAACUGUCGACUUUGAUGAAUUUAUGGAGAUGAUGACUGGUGAUUAAAAAUGUUAUAUUUAGAUAAUAUUAAGUACAGUAUUAAUGGUGUUAAAAAUUGUAAAAAGACAAUAAUAA